AGCUGGCCCGUCGGCCAGGGGGGUGACGGCCGAUGGCCGCCGAGGGUGACGCCCCCGGGGCCAUAGCGCAGAUCCUGGCGGACGCCCUCGUCGAUGCUCCCGCGGACGACGAGGCCGACGAGGCGGACCGGGGCGCGGAGGAAGAGGGCGGCGGCGCUGCCCAGCAGGAGGCGCUCCACGGCGGCGGGCCCGAGCGGCGCGGGGCCGCGGAGAACCGCGAGAUCUUCGGCGAGAACAGGCGUCGCGUCGCCGCCAGCGUGCUGGCCAGCAUUCCUGGCUUCUCGUGCGUGACCAUGUCGACGAUUCUGCUGAUCUCGGCCUUCGCUCUGUGGGUCUACCACGACGCCUACAUGGCGUACGAAACCUUCAGUCGUGAAGGAGUAUAUUGCGACCAGCCGCUCGACAAGUGGCUGUUUAUUGCUGUGCUUAUUUUGCCUGUGCAGCUGGUGUGCGUCAUCGUUUACAGGAAAUUGCGGACGAUGCGGCCUCCUCGACGCCGGCGAAGAAGAGAUAGCCCAAGGCAGCCCAGGUAUGUGUGGAUGCUGGGCGCCUUCCUGAGACUGUGGCUACUGGUGGUCAACCCGUUUUUCCUCCUGUGGGGCUACAAUUACACCACCCAUUCCAGGAAUUGCGACCCCGCCUUGAUGGACGCCGCCUCGGAGUUCAUAACCUUUGAGGCCAUCGUCGUAGCGGGGAGCAUCAUCAUCGUGUACUGUGUCACCCCAGCGGUCCUGGGCGCGCACGCCAGCGGCAGGGUGGCGGGGCGGCAGCAAGCCCGCCGUGGCGCUGGGCAGCCCGCCAGGCGGCAGAUGACCGCGUCCGAAGGGGCCAUUGACCGCAUCGAGACUGUGCCGUUCAGCCCGGAGCUGUUCUCCGAGGCCUCGGACGACCAGGAGCCGCCGGAGUGCUGCAUCUGCCAGAUGGAGUUCGACGCGGACAAUCCCAUCAAGCGGACGCUCUGCAAGCAUUUCUUCCACGAGACGUGCCUGGCUGACUGGAUCGGCAACUAUUCCAAAGCCUGCCCGCUCUGUAGAACGGAUUUGGACGUACCAGACGGCGCUGCGGGAUGAGCAUUGGAUUCCUCUCGCUCGGCGCGUGAUGCGACCUUCCCCCUUGCGUGCGUUGCACCAGUGCGUCUUUUGUCUAUACCUCCACGCCGUCCCCUUAGCCGUCCAUCUGUUACAUCCUCCUCACCCUUCUCGAUCCCAUCCCCUAGGUCCUCCUCUGGAGCUGCUCGUCAAAGACGAGCAGUGUGAGCAGUUAUUGGACGCAUCCGUCGCUCGGCGGCCGUAAUUCGACUUUCUCACCCGCGUUCUCUGCGUCAGGGCUUCCCACUGUCUGGAAACUUGAGCCCUUCCGCUGGCGCCGAGAGAGCGGGGGCACCCCAGGCCCUCGUGCUCCUUCGACCCGAGCACGCCGAUGGGCCGACGGGUUCCCAACGUCAGCGUGCUGCUGGUCCCGUCCACGGGCCCGCGGCCUGGCGGGCAAGGGCUGUCGCCAGGCCGCGGGCCGAGGGCCCACGCGCCUCGGGCACGGCGCUCGCCGGCCCUGGCGCCCUGCUCUCGCCAGGCCCCCGCCGGCUGCCUGCUCUGCUCUUCCCCCCC